AUGAUUGCCAGAACUCGUGACCAAAAAGCACAUAUAGUCGUGUUGAACUCACCGGGACGCGUAAACAGUAGUCGGAAAAGAUUUGGGGGGGCCACAACCCCCCUAGCCCUUGAAAAGAUCCGCCCAUGGGUUCACCACAACAACAACAAAGAGAAGGGUUCCAGAUCUGAAACUUCAAUGACGUAUUUGAGUGUUAUCGCCGAUGGUCAAAGGCUACGAAGUGGAGGUGUCGUCGUCAGCGGUAACAGUGGUGAGGCAACCGUCGAUAAUGGUGGAUGUGGUGGUGUUCAUCGGAGAUGGUUGUAG